AUGAAGUCGCUGCGCCUGGUCCUUGCCGUCUUUGGCACCCUCGAGCUGGUGGCGGCCGUGUCGCGGGUCGAGCAGGGCGGCAUGCACCCUUUCCACGUUCAGCGACUUAGGCGCUCGGCCGAAUCUCAGCUACGAGUGGUCGAUCGAGGUCUGGAAGAGGCUGGCGAAAAGGCGGUUCAGGGAGCCGGCGAGCUUGUCCAAGAGGCGAGUCACGGAGUCGCUCAGGUCGUCCGAAAGCUCGGGCCGGGAGCCAGUGAGGGCGAAGCAAGCAUCGCGGAUGGGGCGAAGAGCGCCGUGGAAGGCGUCAAGGGCAAAGCCAGCGUCCCCGGGGCUCUCGAGCGCGGCGGGCAGCCCAGGAAUGGGGUCCAGAGCGUCGCAGACGAGGCAAAGGCCUUCAAAGCAUUCGCCCAUCCCCCAAACAGUCUGACCGGCUCGUGGCGCAACGUCCCUCCCGACCACGUGGAGCACCCCUUGAAGCCCGUGUCCCUCUCCCACGAGGAAGAGCAGCUGCUGCUCGAGCCGGGCUUCCCGAAGUCGGAUGAUCCGCAGCCUCCGGUCAAGGACGUCGCCUCUCCUGCCACCGAGCGCGCUGAGUCCAAUGCGCUGGUCAAGGCUUCGACCGAGACGGCCUGGAGGAAGGUGGAACGCAAGCUGUUCGAAAUCGUCUUCUACAGCGCCAUCGCGCUCAUGAUCACCGGUCCAAUCGUCCUGCCCGCUGGGCUCAUCCUCGCCGAGUAUCUUCACUACCGCUGGAAGCCGAAGAAGUCGAACGACCUCGAGCGACGACCGGACGACCUCGACGUCCAGUACUGGCGUCAGCGGGAGCGCGAUGCCAGGUCUGCUCAGGCGACUCCGAGCAGCGAUGGAUUCGUGCCGGCGCCUGCGAGCCAGCAGUCUCCUCCUUGA